UUGUGUUGCAUGUCUUUGUAUAGACUGAAAUGGAGAAGAAAGACUUGAAUAAGUGGCCCGAGGGUGAUCCACGGCCAGCUUACCUCUCCACUUGCAAAUGUAUGACUUUAGCUGCCAUAUUGAUUCUUCUCAUCAUUGGGGCUGCUGUGGGUUUUAUGACAGCUUACUUAAUACAAGAGGAACAUUAUUUCAUGGAGACAGUGGAAUUGCAAGGGCUCAGUUAUGAUCCAGAUCUGCGUGAUAAAACAUCAGGAUUCUAUGUAGUUCUGACUGCAACUCUGAAAGAAAAGAUCAGGAAUAUCUUUAGCAGCUCUGCAGUAGCAAGUCACUUUACUGACUGCCAGAUAGUUGCAUAUGGGAAUGCCAACACAAAUGUUUUGACAACUCUACAUUUGGUCUUCCGGAUCUCUCAAGUCCAGGGGUUUACAGAGAGUUUUGUUCAAGACCUCCUCCGCACUGGAUUGAAGGUGCCCAUCGUUGUCCCAGAUUAUGGAGAAAUCAGUAGCAUCAUCCUUCUUGCCUGUGGAACACGUCCAGCCAUGGCUAACCGUGUUGUGGGUGGUGAAAACGCCCGUCAUGGGGAGCUUCCCUGGCAGGUCAGUCUCAGACUGCGUGGCCACCAUACCUGUGGCGCAUCCAUCGUCAACAAUCGCUGGCUCGUCAGUGCUGCCCAUUGUUUUGAAAUAGAAAACGAUCCAAAAGAUUGGACAGCUCUUGUGGGAGCCAAUCUAGUCAGUGGAGAGGAGGACAAAGCCACCACAGUAAACAUCAAGUCCCUGGUUCUCUCUCCAAGCUACGAUCCCAUGACUACUGACAGUGAUGUGACCGUGCUGGAGUUGGAAACGCCCUUGACGUUCAGCCCUUAUGUUCAGCCAGUCUGUAUCCCAUCAUCCUCUCAUAUUUUCAGUGCUGGGCAGAACUGCAUCGUCUCUGGCUGGGGGGCUCUUAAUCAGUACAGCAGUGAGUAUCCUUCUACAUUACAGAAGGCAAUUGUGAAGAUCAUUGACUCGAGAGUUUGCAACAAGUCAUCUGUAUACAGAGGUGAACUUACCCAAAAUAUGAUGUGUGCUGGUUUUCUUCAAGGGAAGGUGGACUCUUGUAAGGGAGAUUCUGGAGGCCCCCUGGUAUGUGAGGUGUCCCCUGGACGCUUUUUCUUGGCUGGCGUGGUGAGCUGGGGAGUGGGUUGUGCACAGAUCAACAAGCCUGGGGUCUAUUCCCGCGUCACUAAGCUCCGCAACUGGAUUCUGAGCUACACCAAUACUGCACCAACAAUCCAAGUUGGCCCCACAGUCCCUAGCGUCAAAACCACUGCACUUCACAUCAGUAAAUCUAUAAACCCAUCCACUGAGCAUGUCAAUAAUGAUUAUAACCCUACUCCUGGGAACUGCAGUGCUAAUUACAACUGUGGCGGAGACAUGUGCAUCAGCAAGACAAACCCAGAGUGUGACAGAGUCAGUGACUGCCCCAAUGAUGCAGAUGAGAAAAACUGUGACUGUGGGAAUCGGCCAGUCAUCGGCCAGGAGAGGAUUAUUGGUGGCGUCACCGCUCAUAGAGGUGAAUGGCCGUGGGUGGGCAGUCUGCAGUACCAACGCACUCACCGCUGUGGAGCUACACUUAUCCACUGCAAAUGGCUCCUGACUGCAGCUCAUUGCUUCAGAGUUGACCUGAACCCAUCCAGCUGGACGGUAAGUCUCGGCUCAGUCAUUUGGUCUGGAGUGGGUGCUCUGGUGAUUCCAGUGCAAAGGAUCAUCCCUCAUCCUGCUUUCAACAGAAGCACCAUGGACUUCGAUGUGGCCCUGGUUGAAAUCUCCAUCCCCACUCCAAAGUCCUACACCAUCCAGACUGUGUGUUUGCCUUCUCCCUGGCAUAUCUUCAACAAAAAUAUGGAAUGCUACAUCGCUGGAUGGGGUGCUGUGAGGGAGGGUGGUAUGAUAACCAGUUUGCUGCAAAAAGCACAGGUUAGUAUCAUUGAUCAGUUGGACUGCCAGCAAGCUUACGGGGCUGAACUUACCAACAUGAUGUGUGCUGGCUCAAUGGAAGGAGACAGGGACACAUGUUUGGGAGACUCAGGGGGCCCUCUGGUGUGCCAUGAACCCCAGGGCCGGUGGUUUCUGGCUGGGGUGACCAGCUGGGGUCACGGUUGUGGUCGACUUGGCUUCCCGGGAGUUUACAUGCAAGUCACGGCUGUCAGAGAAUGGAUAUCUACAUACCUCCCUUUAUAAAAAUACAAUCUAGAAAUAUCCUCCACCAUCAUUCUCACAAGUGAUGUGCAGUCGUGUCUCUCAACUGAAAAGAAUGCAUGAGACUCAAAUGGACAACUUUACCAACAGGUUCAUACUGUACUGUCGAAAUAUUUAUUUUUGGUAUAUAUUAACAAUUCAUUCUGGUGUACAAAGCAGAAGCCCUUGAUGUGUUAUAGCUGUUGAGGUGAUUAAACCAUGCGGCCCCCACUGAAUCUGCAGACAUUUUUAAUGUAAAGAUUUUGAAGGAAAAAUCAGUGGAGAUGUGCCUAUUUGGAAGGCUGCAGAUUCCUUGUGGCCCUUAGCUUAAAAAUAUGUACAAAUAAUAAUCAUUUUGAAGUGGUGUUCACUUCAAAUGAAAGAUAAUAAAUUAUGGCGACAUUUGCUUGCCUGAAGUUUGAUCAAUUCUGAUUUAAAGAGAUAUCACCAGCAGCAGAAUUUUUACUACUACAAAUCAAAAAAGACUUUAAAAACAAUAUUAAGGCAAUUUGCUUUGACUUGUUUGAUGCAUUAAGGCCAGAAACAUACACUAGUACAGUGGUUCCCAACCCUGGUCCUGGAGGCACCCCAGCACUGCAUAUUUUGCAUGUCUCC